ACGAACGUAAAAUAUCAUCGCUACAAAGAUACAUCUAUCCUUCCGUUAUCAUUUUCUCGUUACUUUUCUCUUUGAUUUCCGAGGUAUUCAAUUUUGGAAUACACGAAUAGCGAAAUAACUAAAAAGUAUAGAAAAAUGCAAACGAAUCAUCUGGCCGAAUUUUACGAGUUGUAAAAAGAGUAGUACGCGAGGAAGAAGUGUAAAACAUAUGGGGCUCCUGUUGCGCGAAGAGCCAAAGCUUUGUUACUUGGAUGGUAGAUUCGGACCUGCGUCCUCGUACGAUCCAUUCGCAGGGUAAAUUCGCGGGGUGUCGCGCGCGCGUAACGAAGCGUAGAGACCCGGUAAACGAUGGAGAACGCGAAGACGCGAUUUUAAACGUUGCGAAUUCUCGCGAGGUUUACCAAACCGGGAUCGUUCCCCGUCGAGCAGGUUGCUGGCUCGACGCGAGAAUUCGUCGGUCCACGAAUCGGUGAUUGUCGCUUUGGAGAGCGGCCAGUGUUCGACGACGAUGGCUGGGAGUCACGUAAGGGAAGUGCGAUUUUCAUCGCCACACCGUUGGGGUGUGUCGUAGGCGAAAAGGAAAAAGGAAAAAGUGUUUCCAAGGCUUUGCACACAGCUACGCGAAAGAGUCUCUCGAGCACCGCGAUGCUGGAGCUUUUAAUAAUAAUCCUAACGUCGACGGGCGCGAUCGAGGGUUCGUUACCUCCCGACGACGGGGACAAUGUGUUGCACAUCGGUGGCAUAUUCCCGAUAGCGGGGGAGGGCGGGUGGCAGGGUGGCCAGGCUUGCAUGCCAGCCGUAAAUCUGGCCUUGGACGAUGUCAACCGCGAGAAGAACUUGCUACCUGGUUUCACGCUCAAGCUCCACUCGAACGAUAGCGAGUGCGAGCCGGGAUUGGGUGCCUCGGUGAUGUACAAUUUGUUAUACUCAAAGCCGCACAAACUGAUGCUGUUGGCUGGAUGCAGCACGGUCUGCACAACCGUUGCCGAGGCGGCGAAAAUGUGGAACCUGGUGGUGUUAUGUUACGGCGCAUCGUCGCCGGCGUUGUCCGAUCGAAAUAGGUUCCCGACCCUCUUCAGGACCCACCCAUCGGCCACGGUCCACAAUCCCACGAGAAUCAAACUGUUGCAGAAGUUCGGUUGGUCUCGAGUGGCGAUUUUGCAGCAAGCCGAAGAAGUGUUCAUAUCCACCGUAGAAGAUUUAGAAGCGCGCUGCAAAGAGGCAGGCAUAGAAAUAGUGACCCGCCAGAGCUUCCUGUCGGACCCAUCCGACGCGGUGAGGAAUCUCCGUCGCCAGGACGCGAGAAUAAUCGUCGGUCUGUUUUACGUCGUGGCCGCGAGAAGAGUUCUCUGCGAGCUUUAUCACCAGAACCUCUACGGCAAGAGUUACGUGUGGUUUUUCAUCGGAUGGUACGAGGACAAUUGGUUCGAGGUGAAUUUGGACAAGGAAGGGAUCACUUGCACCAAGGACGAGAUGAGACAGGCUGCGGAAGGUCACUUGACGACGGAGGCGCUCAUGUGGAACCAGAAUAACGACACGACGAUCAGCGGGAUGACGUCCGAGGACUUUAGACAGAGGUUGAACAAAAUGCUGAAAGAAGACGGCUACGACAUCGACAACAAACGGUAUCCGGAGGGGUAUCAGGAGGCGCCUCUCGCUUACGACGCGGUUUGGUCCGUCGCGUUAGCUUUUAACAAAACGAUGGAGAAGCUGAGCAAGCAAGGAAACAGCUUGAAGAACUUUACGUACAUCGACGAAGAGAUAGCCGACGAAAUUUACGCCGCCAUCAAUUCAACUCAAUUCCUGGGUGUCUCCGGGUACGUUGCGUUCAGCUCGCAAGGUGACAGAAUUGCGUUGACCCAAAUCGAGCAAGUAAUCGAUGGAAAGUACGUCAAGUUAGGAUACUACGACACGCAAAGCGACAAUCUGACUUGGAGGAACAUGGAAAGAUGGAUCGGCGGCAAGGUACCGCAAGACAGAACCAUCGUGAGGACCGUCUUGAGGACGGUCUCGCUGCCCUUGUUUAUAUGCAUGGGGACUAUAUCGUCGUUGGGGAUCGUGAUAGCCAUGGGACUGAUUAUUUUUAAUAUCUGGAACAGGCAUAGAAGCGUGAUUAAAUCGUCGCAUCCCGUGUGCAACACGAUAAUGCUGGUUGGGGUGAUAGCGUGCUUCGUCUCGGUGUUUCUUUUGGGUAUCGAUGGUAGAUUCGUGUCGGAAUGGGAGUAUCCAGCGGUCUGCCAAGCGAGAGCAUGGAUGUUGUCCACUGGUUUCACCUUAGCGUUCGGGGCGAUGUUUAGCAAAGUGUGGCGAGUCCAUAGACUUACGACGAAAACGAAAGCCGAUCAGGCGAAGUUGUUCAUGGCUAAACAAAAAGUUUCGUCCAUACAGAAGAAAAUUCAGCCGUGGAAGCUGUACACGAUGGUAAGUGGGUUGUUGGCGGUGGACAUGGUGCUCCUGGUCUCCUGGCAGGUGCUCGAUCCACUGCAAAGAAAGAUCGAGACUUUCCCGCUGGAAUCGUCUCCGUUUGGCGACGACGACGCGCGAAUCAGACCCGAACUCGAACACUGCGAAAGCGUGCACAAUAACGUUUGGCUUGGUUUGAUGUACAGUUACAAGGGGAUCAUCCUGGUGUUCGGGUUGUUCUUGGCUUACGAGACGAGGAGCAUCAAAGUUAAACAGAUCAAUGAUUCCAGAUACGUCGGGAUGUCGAUAUACAACGUGGUCAUACUGUGCGUGAUCACAGCACCGGUGACGAUGGUCAUCGCCAGCCAGCAGGACGCCAGCUUUGCUUUCGUCGCGCUCGCCAUCAUUUUUUGUUGUUUCUUGAGCAUGGCGUUGAUCUUUGUGCCGAAAAUGAUCGAAGUGAUCAGACAUCCCAAAGACAAAGCCGAGUCCAAGUACAAUCCGGACGUGGGUGUGUCAAAGGAGGACGAGGAGAAGUAUCAAAAGCUUCUCAGGGAGAACGACGAGCUUCAGAAACUUAUCGCCGCGAAAGAGGAAAAGAUUAAAAUCUUGAAGCAGAUGUUGGCCGAGCGGGACGCAUCGAAAGGCGGGGGCGGCGUCAACAUCCCCAAGGACUCGCUGAUAGUGGCCGAUUUUGUCACCGGCGAGGGCACCUCGGACAGCGCAAUCGGUGGGGGCAUUUCUGUUUAUACGCGAUCAUCUCGAGCUUCGGUCUCCGACUUUGAAUUCUCGGAAUCGUACUUGUAAACACGCGAACCCUCGAGAAUCAUUACACGAAUUUAAGUAACUUGGGACCUAAACGGACGAGCUAUAUCAAGCUUUUUUCUUACGAAUUCGGUUUCGAGACUCCUCGGUGUCUCUGGAAUCUCACGUGACGGAUUCACUCUCACUCGCAAAUUUUUUUAUUUUUACGGAGCACCGCGAACACUUUUUAAAUCAAACUACGGGAAGCGAGAGUCUCGUUUUACUCGAGACGGUUUCGUUUCGUAGUCGGUACGACGCACGUUGCGCGUUUACGUAUUCGGUGUCUAAACGUAUAAAUGUUUGAAUGUAUGUGUAUACUAUGAAGUAAUAGGUGUGCGUAUGCGUAGAGAAAAUUGUAAAUUAAAUGUGACUAGUAGAUCGUUUCGAUGCUAAAAUCAAUCCACGAACGCGCGACUCGUACGUUGUCGCUUCAUCGCGAAUCGAAAGCUGGCCUACAAAUAGCGACGAGGCUACGAAUGAGGCGCGCCUGUUUCGUUUACAACGACAAUUUUCGUUACCUCAAGAGUCUAUCGCACAGUUACAGAUGUCGCCGAUUAUCGAGAGUAUACAUUAUACGAUAUAUUUGUACAGGGAAAUUUUAUCGAACUCUACCGCGAACGAACGGUUAUUCGACGAGAACGUCGAAGAGACCGUUUACGCGGAUACGGACCAAACGCCUCGUGAAACGAUUAUUGUCGUUGAAUAUUUCAAUAUUUUAUGCAACACCCGAAUUCGUACGGGUCCAAAACAGACGGCGAAGAGACUUUCCAUUUUACCGGAAACACUUCGAAUCGUACAGUCCGUGCGAGAUAUGAUAUAAAAACGUCCGUUCAUUCUUGGAAGUUGCAUAACUUUUCUUGCAUAACUGCUCGUGGUUGCAUCCUCCAAGCGUACAAUAAAAGACAUCGCGAACGUUCGUUUGUCUCACCACCCCAGGCCUAGACGUUUCGUUACCGUUCACCCACAGCGUUGGGCAAAAUGUUUAUUAUUUCAUUUUAAAUCAUUUUUCUAGUCGCAAAUCAAUUGCAAAGUAAUCACUGCCCAGCUCUGUUUAUGCAUUAUUUUGCAGCAAUUGCAGUUAAAUCUCGUUAGACAAUCACACGGUCGUUUCCAAAUCGC